CUUGUUCUCCCUACUUGUCAUUCAGCUAUCCCAGGAAUUCAACACCACACGAUAUCAGCUAGGCUCGCCACAAUAACGACAUUUUGUUCAAAUCGUAUUAUUCGUUAGCGUUACAGGAUCGUAAGCGGGUGACAAUUAAACACGAGUUGGGGGAAAGCGCACUUAUGUACGUACACUGAUGCUCUGAAUGCCUCAUGACGGACAGUGCACCCAUGUCAGCCAAAUCCAAAUGUGAGAUUGGUCUUUAAAAAGACCCCCUGCCUCCAAGAACCUCGGCUGAGUCCUUGACCUGUGUCACAUCCUCUUCACCCCCCUCAUCGUCUUUGUACAUGCUCUUACAUGAAGAGAGGCGAGAAACCAGAGGGCUACAGGCAGAUGCGACCCAAAACGUUCCCCGCCAGCAACAGCCAACAUAUGCUGAACGAAAUCCGGAACAGUCUGCGAAACCUGUCUAAGCCUUCCGACCCAUCCAAAGUGGACAUUAGUGGGAAAAUGCUCCCAGAGGACUUAAGGCAACAGGGGCGCUGCUAUAACCCCAAGAACCCUCACCAUAAGGCCUUGCAGGAGAUCCGCGAGUCCCUGAUGCCUUUUGCCAAUGAGGCCAGCACUUCAGCGGAGCUCAACAAACACAUGUCGAUGGAGCCUCCAUUUGCUAGCUUUGAGGAGACUACUGGUCGCAGUGUGGGGACAGCUGUGGAAUACAUGACGAAGGUGCCUUACCAGGACUCGAUGAGGGAACAGAUUGAUGCCGCCAGUCCAAACACUGCAUGCCUCAAAGCCCCAGGCUCGAAAGAGUCCCUGGCUCCUCGCCAUGCCAUGAUGUACCGCUCAGACAGUCCGGGGCCUCCCUUCCCGCAGGGUCACCCUGGCAACAGCCCGUGGGUCAAUCUGCCCCUGCCACCCCAAGUGCGCAGCGUCACGCCUCCUCCGAACCGCGGGCCGAUGCCUCCGGCAUCUUCCUGGGACAGCAACCCGUCGACCAAGCGCUACUCUGGCAACAUGGAUUAUCUUGUGCCUCAGAACCAGCGUGGCAUCAGCCCGGUGCCUGUGGUCCACCAGCCCAUCAUCAUGCAAAGCUCGGCAGGAACGAAGUUCACCUUCCCGUCAGGCUGGUCUCAGAAUGGCUCACCUCAGGCAGACUACAUGGCAGGAGGCAGCAGGCAGCCUCCUCCCCCCUACCCGCUCAACCAGAGCAGUCGUCACAGUCCCACAGACCAGCAGAUGCAGGCCGGGGGGCCCGCUUCAUCACCGUCGUACGCUACUGCCGGGAGCAUCCCUCAAUCCAUGAUGGUUCCCAAUCGGAACAGCCACAACCUUGAUGUGUACAACAUAGGGCCCCCCCAUUCUUGGUCCCAAAGCUCCCUCGCCCCCAACAUGCCCACGUCUUCAUCGGGCAGUAGCAGCAACCAGGAUCCGUCUCGUUCGUGGCAGCAUAACAUGCUCGUGCGCUCCAAUUCCUUCAACAGCAGAGCACCCCACCCCGCCAGCUCGCAACCGUCUGCCACCACGGUCACCGCCAUCACGCAAGCGCCCAUCCUGCAGCCCGUGAAAAGCAUGCGAGUCCAGAAACCCGAACUGCACACCGCCGUCGCCCCCACGCACCCUCCGUGGAUGCAACAGGCCGCUCCCGCCGCCCCCGCUUACCCGGAGCCUUCGGCUGCCGUUCCUCAGAUUCCCGUCGCGGCAGAGGUCCCCAGCUACCAGGGCCCCCCGCCGCCUUACCCCAAGCACCUCCUCCAACAACAAGCUGCGCCGUCACCCCCGGCGUAUGAGCAAGGAGCAGCUAAGCACGGCGCAAGCAGGGAGGAACCCGCGGAAGACGAAAGCGCUUCGGGGGACGGCGGCACGCGAGAGAAGGCGGCAGAAAGUGCGGAAAGCAACGCGGCCGCGGAAAAGGAGAAGAAGCAGAUCACGACGUCGCCCGUUCCCCUGCGCCGCAACAAGAAGGACGAAGAACGGAGGGGGGAGUCGGGCCGGGUGGCUUUGUACUCCCCGCAGGCUUUUAAGUUCUUCAUGGAGCAACAUGUGGAGAACAUCCUGAAGAACCAUCAACAGCGUAUCCGCAGGAGGAAACAGCUGGAGAGCGAGAUGCAGAGGGUGGGCUUGUCGACAGACGCCCAGGAGCAGAUGCGCAUGAUGCUCUGCCAAAAGGAGUCCAACUACAUUCGGCUAAAGCGGGCCAAGAUGGACAAGUGCAUGUUCAAACGAAUCAAGACCCUGGGCAUCGGCGCCUUCGGCGAAGUAUGCUUGGCCAGGAAAGAGGACACGGAAGCCCUGUACGCCAUGAAGACCUUGCGCAAGAAGGACGUGCUGCUCAGGAACCAAGUGGCUCACGUCAAAGCCGAGAGGGACAUCCUGGCCGAGGCCGACAACGAGUGGGUGGUGCGUCUCUACUAUUCUUUCCAGGAUCGGGACAACCUCUACUUUGUCAUGGAGUACAUCCCCGGCGGGGACAUGAUGAGUCUUCUCAUCCGGCUCGGCAUCUUCAAGGAGGAGCUGGCUCAGUUCUACAUCGCCGAGCUCACCUGCGCCGUGGAAAGCGUCCACAAAAUGGGCUUCAUCCACCGCGACAUCAAGCCCGACAACAUCCUCAUCGACCGAGACGGACACAUUAAGCUCACAGACUUUGGCCUCUGCACCGGAUUCCGCUGGACUCAUGACUCCAAGUAUUACCAGAGUGGGGACCACGUGAGGCAGGACAGCAUGGACUUCAGUAAGGAAUGGGAGGACCCGGCCAACUGCCGCUGCACGGACCGGCUCAAGCCUCUGGAGAGGAGAAAGGCCCGGCAGCACCAGCGCUGUUUGGCGCACUCGUUGGUGGGGACGCCCAAUUACAUUGCGCCUGAAGUUCUACUCAGGACAGGAUACACCCAGCUGUGCGAUUGGUGGAGCGUGGGUGUCAUUUUGUACGAAAUGGUCGUCGGACAGCCUCCCUUCUUAGCGACCACGCCCCUGGAGACACAGCUCAAGGUGAUUAACUGGAAGACCACCCUGCACAUCCCCCCGCCCGCCAAGCUCAGCCCGGAGGCGUCGGACCUCAUCGUGAAGCUGUGCCGCGGGCCCGAGGACCGCCUCGGCAGGAACGGCGCGGACGAAAUCAAAGCGCACCCUUUCUUCAAGACCAUCGACUUCUCCAGCAACUUGCGGCAGCAGACGGCGCCGUACGUCCCCACCAUCGCCCACUCCACCGACACGUCCAACUUCGACCCCGUGGACCCCGAGAAGCUGUGGAGCGGCGACAGCGACGGCAAGGACGACCUCGGCGACACGGGCUGCUGGUUCCGCAACGGCAAGCAUCCCGAGCACGCCUUCUACGAGUUCACCUUUCGCCGCUUUUUCGACGAUAACGGCCACCCGUACAGCUGCCCCAAGCCCAUCGCGUACGAGGGCCUCACCGAGGACGAGGCGGACUCCGAGGGCCCCGAGGGGGAGGCGCCCGAUGGCCCGCCGGCCCAGGGCCGAGAUCUCGUCUAUGUGUAGCGUUCCCGGACCUCAUAGUGACACUUGGUGAUUAGCAUGUGCUGUGGUAGGACGGUGUGUAUGUGAAAUAGGAACUCCUCGCGUCCAAUUGGAAGAUGAGCGAAAGCUUUUCCAAAUGGAAUCGUGCCUGUCAGCCAGAUAAGUCAGUCAUCAGCUGCUUGUUGUACACCCAUGCGACCUAAUUUGGCAUCAACUGCCCUCAAUCUAUUUUUUUUUUCAUUGGCUCCUCAAGCGCUUAAUUUAUUGAAGAACUCCCAACUGACGAUGUUCACAUUUAGUAUGGGGACUUUAAUUGAAUCUUUAUUAACUUAUAUUUUGACUGUAGCAACUGGGACCUUCACAAAUGUGACUGGUACAUAAUUAAAGUAUAGAUUGCUCCCAUUUAUUCAUUGCGGUGCCCCUACCCCCCCACCCACCACCAAAUACGCAGUUAAUUAUCAGACUGGUAUUAAAUAUGUAUGUAGAAGUUGACCAUUGAUUGAACUUCAGUAGCUUUUUGUUAUUUUUCUAAUUUAUACCCAUAUUUAUAAAUGAGGUUGUACACAGAUUAUGUAAAUAUUUCUUUACUCUGUCACUGAUUUUUUUUUUCUCUCCCUAAGGGCAGGCCCUCUUCAAUGUCCACUGCUGCUGCCUUUUACUCAUUAGUGUUGAUAGUUCUACCUUAUGCUCAUCUCCUCCAAUGCACUAAAUACAAACGUUUAGUCUUUAGACACUUAAACACUUAUUUUUUCAAAUCUUGUCAAAGAAACUUAGCAGUUUACUGAGUCAAGUGGAUUGAUGAUUCCAUAACCUCCCUCUGUACAUUCUGUGCUUAGCAAUGAAUUCUGAAUGUAGUUUUUAGACUUAAUGGUGUCCCCUUGGCCUUCUGCACUGGCGUGUUACCACACAAGAAUGACAAUUGUAUUGUGUGUGUGCACUGUUGCUCGAGAGGUUUUGUGUUGGGGAAGCAGGUGAUCAAUAAAGAAUGUCAAGAAUGAAA